AUGAGACAAGACUCGGCCACUGUGCAGCGAAGAGUAGGGCUCGCGAGGGGUGUGCCACCACGUGUGCGGGAUGUGUACAUGCGCGUCAAACGCUUGCGUGGCACCGACGAUGACGACGAUAAGAACGGCAGCAGCAACAACAACAUCGGUGAUGUUUCGGCGCCACCCCUUCUGCGAAUCCGAUUGGAUGAAGAUAGUGCUUCUUCCGAUUCUAUGAGGGCCCUGCUGGGCGAUGCCUCCGAGAUGCUGUGUGCCUCGGGGGAGGGGCAUCAACAUCCGCAGCUGCAACAGAGUUCCGCAUUGCACUUUCGUUUACUUACAAAGGAGGGAAAUGCCGCGCCUCAAGAACCUGCAACAACUAAAGCGAGAAUUGCCGUCACACCUCCAACUACUCCUGUACUAUUUGUUGAACGCGUGUGGGAUCUCCGCGGAUGCGUGGUGAUGGAUUGCGCAGCCGUAGAGCAGAAGCAGGGGACCCUUGGCUCUGUUGCUGAUGUUGUUGCAUCUGAGGGGGGCGGUGGCGGCCCGGCAGAAGGGUCUGAGGGGAAAUGGCCCUUGUACAUCCUUGACAGGGAGAGUGUGACGUUGAGAGGAAAAGAAGAUGAAGAAGAGGUGGUGGUGGUGGUGGAUGAUGAAGAUGAGUUUGGCUUCGACAACUUGCACAUUACGCUGCCUGAAGAAGAUGAAGCGACGCUACUGUCUACAGGUUGCAGCUGUCAGGUGGGCCGCACACAGCGUAAGCGUCCUCGCGAGGUGGAAGAGGCGCCAGAGUACAUUCUCUCUUCAGCCCUGCAAGACGGUGGUGUCAACUGGGCUGGCCGCAGCGAAGAUGCGGUGGAGACGGAGGCGGCGUUGUAUGAUAUGUUGCACGACUAUGGCCAGAAUUGCUUCCUGCUGGAGGAUGACGCCAGCUGCGACCCAGAGCUGUAUCUGUACCCUGACCACCGCAAGGACGAUGAAUAUGACAGCAACGCGGCGGAUUUCUCAGGCAAUGAGUACCCGGAGGAACCGAGUACGAGUAGUAACAGCAGCAAAGGAAGCAGUACGUGCAUGGAAAGUGAAUUUUAUGAGGACUCCGAGGUGCGGCACCACCGCAGGCGGACGAAGGACCUGUGGUGCGAGGACGGUUACAAUGAGGCGCCGCUCGGCAGCGGCUGGGACAGCCUCGAGGAGGACGAUUAA